UUUGAAGCUGCUAAUAAUUACAAUAUCCUGUUAAAACUCCGAACAUAACCAACCAAUUGGUUUCGUUGCAGAAUUAACAACUGUUGUCCCAGUCUCAUUUCUGCUUUCCUUGCAUUCCUCUCUUCAUUGCCCCCAUAUUUUCCAAGAUUAUUGCAUUAUUUUGGUAAAAUCUACUACUUUUUCUGUCUCUCAGAAGCAGUAGUUUCACGCCAGCAGCUAGAAACUUGUGAGCAAUCUGUGGAGAAGCGUUUCACUGGGCACUGAAAAAAAAAAAAAGGGCCCAGGUGCCUCCCCUUCUGCUUCAUUCUAAGGUGACUUCUGCUUCAUCCUAAGGUGAUUUGGGGAAAGUACUAGUCAUUCAAGGAAGUGACUCAGUUAUCUAUGGAGUGGGUAGGGCCAAGCAUCGAAAUUGUUAAGCUUGUUGGUGGUCGAUUUGUGAGAUAUCUGAAAUACCAGAGAAAAUAUAAUGAUCUUCUGCAAAAGUUCGAGCAAAGCAAACAACUCUUGCACAGUCGAAAACAUGAAAUCGAAUCAAAACAGGAGGCUCAGCUUGAAUCUGCACGUUACCAUGUUGUGAAGGAGGAAGUAGAAGUUUGGCUUAAAGAAGUGGAAGAAUUUAUUGGAAGACAGAAUGUUGUUGAUGAAGUGAACAGUUGGGGGUAUCUCUCUUGUUGUUGCCGAGCGGUGAUUCUAGAAGAAAGAACACGGGAAUUGAAGGAUAUAUAUGAUCGAGGGGAUAACUACACUAGGGACGAUUUGGUCAUGGAAGAUCCCUCCAAAAAAUUCAAUUAUUAUGUGCAGAAACUUGAUGACUGGAAAGAGAAGCUGCAGUGCAAACAGGCAGACAUUGAUUCAAAACUGAAUUCACAACUUGUCUAUGGGAAAAUUGAAAUGGAGCAAGUCAAACGUUGGCGGGGGAAAGUGGAAGAGAUGUUGAAGGAAGUCAAAGAUAUUGAAGAUAAAAUUGGAGGGAGUCCCUCACAUUCUUCUAAUUCUCUAGUAAUGCAUCUUGGAGAAAAGUUUCAAGAAAUGAAGACAAUGUGUGAAGAAGGAAGUCAAUUGCCAGACUGUUUGGUCAUUGAUGAUCCAUCAGCUCUAGCAGUUGAAUUGUCAGUAUCACAAUUGCAAGGCAGUGAGGUUGUUAAAGCAAAUAUUUUGGCAUGCUUGAAGGGAGAAGGGGUGACAAUGCUUGGAGUUUGGGGGAUGGGGGGGGUCGGGAAAACAACAAUCAUGAUGCAUGUCUACAAUAAACUACUGAAGGAAGGUAUAUUCAAGAAAGUAAUUUGGGUAACUGUGUCACAAAACUUUAAUAUCUACAACCUACAAGAGCAAAUUGCAAGCAGCUUGGGGGAAAAUCUAGAAGAGCAUGAAAGUACUAUCAUUCGUGCAGCAAAGUUAUCAAAGAUGCUAGAAAAAUGCAUGCCUUACUUGCUGAUUCUUGAUGAUGUGUGGACGAGUUUCAAACUUGAAGAUGUUGGAAUUCCUGGGCCAAAUGUAAGUAAUGGCUGCAAGUUAGUAUUGACUACACGGUCACAUGAGGUUGCACGUUCAAUGAAUUGUAGAAGAAUCCAAGUGAAGACUCUUUCAGAAGAGGAAGCUUUAAAAUUGUUUUUAAAUAAAGUUGGAGAUACUGCUUUAUCAUGUCCAGGAGGAGGCCUUGAAAAGGAUUUAGAAUCAACUUUGAAGAAGAUUGUGGCUGAGUGUGAUGGUCUUCCAUUGGCAAUUGUUACAGUUGCUGGUAGCUUAAAAGGAAUAUCCGAGCUACGGUUGUGGAAUGCUGCACUAAAUCAAUUGCAAGAUUGCAAGAGAAAUGUAGCAGAUGAAAUGGAAACUCGGCAGGAAAUGAAGGAUGAGGGUUAUGAUAUUUUGAGGCAGCUUGAAGAGAAUAGCUUGUUGGAAUCUGAAUAUGGAGGAGCUUUUGUGAGGAUGCAUGAUCUUAUAAGAGACAUGGCCUUGCACAUUACAAGAACGAGUCCUCGGUUCUUGGUUGAAGCUGGCAAGUGGUUGACAGAGCUACCAGAGAAGGUAAAAUGUAUAGAAGAUGCUGAAAAGGUUUCAUUAAUGUAUAAUUCUAUUGAAGAAAUUCCAUUGAGCUUUGCAUUUUCAACAUGCAUAAGGCUCACAACCUUGCUGCUGGCCUGUAACAAAUUGUCAACAAUUCCAGAAUCUGUCUUUGAGCACAUGCCAGAGCUAAAAAUUCUAGAUCUGUCCUUCAAUUGGGAGCUAAGUAGCUUGCCAAAUUCCAUCUCCAAAUUGGUGAAGCUUACUACAUUGUUGUUGGAAUCAACAUCCUUAGAAAAGGUACUAUCUUUAUCAGGCCUUGGAUCUUUGAAAAAGUUAAACCUUAGGGGGACAAAAAUCAAGGAAGUCCCCGAAGGCCUGGGAAUGUUGAAGAAUUUGGAAUGUCUUUUUCUUUGUGGAUCAGAAAGAGGUCACAAUCUUGAAAUAGAUGAAAUAGCAGAUGGAGUAUUGUUAAAUCUCUCCAAACUUGAGGAACUAAUUGUAAAUUGGAGCAGAAUAAAAUUGAAGGGGGACGUGGUUGGGAGAUUGAAGCAAUUGGAAGUUUUUUAUGGCUGGUUCCCCACUGCGAAUGAAAUGAGAAUCUUUCUCAAAUGUCAACCUAAUAAGCUGGGUGACUAUUUUAUUAAUGUUGGAAGCGAAUUGGUUCUGGAUGAUUCUUAUCAAAAAAGUCUGCCAACAUAUGGGAACAUUAAGAAAAUAGUGGUGUUCAGGAAGACUAGUAUUGUUGGAGAGAAUAUGUUAUUUCCCUCCUCCAUACAAGCAUUAGGUGUUGAUGCUUGCCACGACAUAAGAAGCUUAAAUGAUUUUUCUACCAUCAAUGAUGCAACAAAUUUGAGGGGAUGUUGGAUUCACAGAUGUGAUGGCAUGGAGUGCAUUUUUCCCUCGUGGAUAAACAACCCAGUCGUCCAAACCGUUGAGUAUUUGUAUCUUCAGCGGUUGGACAAAUUGGAUGGGCUAUUUGAAGCAAACAUCAUUGCGAAGUCGUCACCUCCACCUGGGACUUUUUCAUCUCUUAAAGGAGUUUUGAUUUAUUCAUGCAAAAAAUUAAAGAAGUUGUUUCAAUCUUGGAAGUUGCUGGAUUAUCUCCAGAGUCUAUGGAGGAUUGAAGUAGUCGGUUGUAAAGAAAUGGAAGAAAUAAUAGCAUCAGAUCCAGAAGAACAAGGAGAAGAAGGAGAGGACAUCAUCAAGAAGCUCAUUCUUCCAAAACUAAAAACCCUGGAAUUGUGGGGUUUGCCUGCAUUGAAGAGCAUCUGUAGCAGAAGGGCAGUAAUGGUAUGUGAUUCUCUUGAAGAGGUUCGUAUUAUGGAUUGCAAGGGCCUAAGGAGGAUUCCUUUUCAGUUCCCUCCUAGUCUAGAUCUUGUUUGGUUGGACAACUUGGAUUGGGUGUUUGAAGUACCACUUCAGCCUAGCACUUUUUCAUCUCUUAAAAAACUUAGAAUUAGCCAAUGCGAAGGAGGAAAGAAGUUGUUUCCAUCUUGGAAGUUGGUGGAAUAUCUCCAAAGUCUAGAGAGUAUUGAAGUCUUCAAAUGUGAAGAAAUGGAAGAAAUAAUAGGGUCAGACCCAGAAGAAGGAGGGGACAUCAUCAAGAAGCUCAUUCUUCCAAAAUUAAAAGAGCUGAGUUUACAAAACUUGCCAGCAUUGAAUAGCAUCUGUAGCAGGAGGGCAGUAAUGGUAUGUGAUUCUCUUGAAGCGAUUUACAUUUGUGAUUGCAAGGGCCUAAGGAGGAUGCCUCUUUCUCUUCCCCUGGUUGAUAACGCCCAACCAUCUCCUCCUCCUUCCCUCAAAAAGAUCUUAAUAGAUCGAGGAGAACUAGAAUGGUGGGAAUCGUUAGAGUGGGAGCAUCCCAACGCAAAGGAUCUCCUUCGACCCAUGGUUCAAUAUUUUAAUGAAUCCUGGAUUCCACAAUCGAAGUCAGAACAGUCGGAGUCGGUCUGAUAAUCCACAAGAUUGAAAGUGGAUCAGGAAGCCGGUUCAUUCAACCAGUCUGUUGUUGCUUUUCCUUCCGAGCUUCAAAGGAUGUCCCUUCUACUACCCUUGUGUGGAUUGUUUUAAUGUGAUUCUUGUGUUUUCAUACUCUCUUUGUAAACUAAUUGUGUGAAAAACUGAUUUAGAAUACCAUCUGUAUUCUUAUGUAUUUUGUUGCAUUUUUAUGUAUCUUGGUUGUACCAUGUCCAUACAUAAAUAUGUGUUUUCAAU